CCUGAGCAAGUCACUUAACCUCCUUAUGCUCUGUCUUUCAGGAGGGACGUUGUUGUAAGUGACUCUGCAGCUGAUGUAUAGUUCACACACCCUAGUCUCUGUAAGUCGCCUUGGAUAAAGGUGUCUGCAAAAUAAACAAAAUAGUAAUAAUAAUAAUGUCUGAUAAGAGCUUCAGAACCUUUUCUCAUAUGCACUACUAAUAAAUACUGCAACAGGCUGUUUUUCAAGGAAAAUUGCAUUGUACAGUAGACUAUUCUAAUCCGAGGCCCAAUAGUUUGAAUUUACCUGUAGCCAUAACUGUAAUUAAAUGCAUAAUGUUAACAGCUGUUCUUAUAUGAUAAGUAAAACAGUAUUUUUUUAUUCAAAGGGUGUGGCAGAAUGAGGGUACUGCCCUAUGUUUAUAGUGUGGGUGUAUAUGUGUGUUUUGUAGUGGUGGUGGGUAAUUAAAGGGUUAAUUCACUAGCACUUUAAAAACAUGUGAGAAUGUGGUGGAGGGGUUAAUUGAAUAAGUGGGUGUAAAUUGCUGCACAGGUGUGUAUAUAAGGGAGCACUGAGAGCACAGGUUUAGUUGGUGUUAGGAUUCUGGAGAGUGUAGAGGUGUUCUUUGUAUGUGUGAGAGCUGGUUUUGGUUAAACUGUUUAUUUUGUUGUGUUUUGUUUUAAUAAAUACGCGCUGUAGCGCUUUCACCUGCUGUCUGUCUCUGAGUCUCCCUACCUUGCCGCCUGUCAUCCUGUGACAUUGUGGUGUCAGUGUGGGAUUAAAGCGCCUCCCGGAGACUCGGAGCAGAGUAGGUGUAUUUUUUUGUUUAAAAAAUAAACAGUUUAAACAAAAACAGAUAAAGACAAAGACAAGGAGGAGCUGGAGCAGCGGCUGGCCAUGCAGGACUGCCAAGUGAAUGAGCUGCAGCAGCAUGUGCAGCUCAUGAUGGAGAAGAACAACGCCAAGCAGGAAGUCAUCCUCAAGCUCUCCGAACAGGUGGCCGCCUGCAUGGCUGACCCCCAGCGUACCGUAGCCAACUCCAUGGGCACAGAGACCUUCUGCAGGCUGCAGGAGGAGAUUGAGCACCUCAAGGACGAUAUAGAGGCGCACAAGAUGCAAAACAAGUUCCUCAACUCUGAAAUCUACCAGCUUACUAAGCUGUGGAGGAACAGUUCAGAAGAGAAGGGCCGCCUGAUGAAGUGUGCCUACCUGGAGGCCAAAAACUGCCAGAUUGAGAGCAAAUACCUGGUCGUGCUGCGCAGGCUGCAGGAGAGCAAAGGGCUGGACAGCAGUCAGCAGGAGAUGGUGAAAAGGCUCAUUGAGGACGCACUGCAGGGAGACAAGAAGGAUGUCUUUAAACUCAACCCUGUCAGUGAGUACGACGACAAUGGAUUCAAGACCAUUCCUGAUUAUGAAGUAGAGGACGUGAAGCUCCUGGCCAAAAUCCAGGCCCUGCAGAUCCAUUCCAACAACCUGCGCAACAAUGAGAUGGUGGACAAGCCCUUGCGGACCAGGUGGGCUAACUACCUGGCCAGCCGUCCCUUGGACCAGCUGGCUCCCUCCCCGGAGCUGAAGGGCCUGAUCCGUUGUGGGAUCCCUGUGGAGUACCGGGAGCAGGUGUGGCGCUGGAUCGUGAGGACGCGGACGCAGGUCUAUAGGAAGCGGAAUACCAGUCGCUACCAGGAGCUGAGGAAGCACUGCGAGGUGUCGGAGCACCCGGCCUCACGGCAGAUCAGGCUGGACCUGCACCGCACCCUCACCAGCAAUAAGCACUUCUCCUCGCCCACCUCCGACGCAGUCCAAAAGCUGCAGCGCAUUCUGCUAGCCUUCUCCUGGCAAAACCCCACCAUCGGCUACUGCCAGGGCCUCAACCGGCUGAUCAGAGGGUGUUCCGUGACUUUCUUGCUGAGAAGAUGCCUCGCCUGUCGGUCCACUUCAAGGAGCACAGCAUUGAUCAUUCCCUCAUCACCUUCAACUGGUUCCUGGUGGUCUUCGUGGAAAGCCUGGUCAGCGACAUCCUGCUCGGAGUGUGGGAUGCUUUCCUCUAUGAGGGCACAAAGGUAA